UUGCAUCUUUUAUCUCUUCACUCUCUCUCUCUCUUCAAUUGUUGUUUUCUUCUCCUUUUCUGAGCCCAAAAAUACAAAUCCCUUUUCAGCCCUUUUUCUCCCUCUCUAUCUCUCUUUUGUUUUCCUGCUUUUGUUGCACAUGAUAAGUUGCUUUCCUGCAAGUCAAGCAUGCAGAUAUUGAGAUAACUGUGAACACCAUGAAAAGCCCCUUGUUUUAAAACUAGGUCUUUCUUCCCCAAUUUCCUCAUCCCAUUUGAAAAAGGUUGAAUUUUUUUUGGUGGGAGGGUUCUUGAUUUAGGGGAGAAGAGAGAGGGAUAGAGAAGGAAGAGCUAAGCAGCAAAAAACACAAGGGUUUUUCUUUGCUUGCCUUCUUUCUCUCUCUUUCUCUCACUAAAAUCACCACACAGAGAGAGGCAGCAGGAGACAUUUGGAUUUGGGCCUUGUGUCUCUUCUACCUCUCUUCUUCUUCCUUCUUCUUUCGUUUUGACUUCCUGCAAAAAAAAACACUGUACAUUUCAUAUUGAAACAUUUUCAUAUAUUUGUCUCUCUCCAUCUCUUUGGCUUCUUUCCUGGUCAGUCCAAACGUUGCGAGGAAAAUCUCAAAAGAGGGAUUUUUAUUUCAUGAAUUUUGGGGAUUUUCUUGAUAACAAUUCUUGUAGUGGCGGCGGCGCAAGAAUUGUUGCGGAUAUACCUUACAACAGUAACAACAGCAUGCCCGCCGGCGCAAUCGCUCCGCCUCGCUUCCUCGCGCAGUCUCUCUCUUCCAAGCCCAUGUUCAACUCCCCCGGCCUCUCUCUAGCCCUUCAAACGGGGAUGGAGGGGCAAGGGGAGAUGGCGAGGAUGGUGGAGAACAAUGAGCUGAGCAAUGUUGGUGGGAGAAGGAGCAGAGACGAAGAGCACGACAGCAGAUCUGGCAGCGGCGACAUGGACGGCGCAUCCGGCGAUGAUCAGGACGCUGCCGACAAGCCGCCGAGGAAGAAGAGAUACCACCGACACACUCCUCAGCAAAUCCAAGAGCUCGAGUCUCUGUUCAAGGAGUGCCCCCACCCUGAUGAAAAGCAAAGAUUGGAGCUUAGCAAACGCCUUUGUCUCGAAACUAGACAGGUCAAAUUCUGGUUCCAAAAUCGACGCACUCAGAUGAAGACGCAGCUCGAGCGGCACGAGAACUCGAUUCUCCGGCAAGAAAACGACAAGCUCCGGGCGGAGAACAUGUCGAUAAGGGAGGCGAUGCGCAACCCCAUCUGCACAAACUGCGGUGGCCCCGCCGUGAUCGGCGAGAUAUCUCUCGAGGAGCAGCACAUCCGGAUCGAGAACGCCCGCCUCAAGGACGAGCUCGACCGCGUCUGCACCCUCGCGGGGAAGUUCCUCGGCCGCCCCACCCCAAGCUUGGAGCUCGGGGUGGGAGGCAACGGCUUCACCCCCCUAAACACAGUCAUCCCCUCCGAUUUCGGGGUGGGGAUUGCCAGCCCCCUCCCUGUGGCCACGCCCAAGGCCGCGGGGAUGAGCGUGAACCCGAUGGAGAGGUCGAUGUACUUGGAGCUCGCAUUGACAGCCAUGGAUGAGUUGGUGAAGAUGGCUCAAAGUGAUGAGCCACUUUGGAUUAGGGGCUUGGAUGGUGGGAGGGAGAUGUUGAAUCAAGAAGAGUACUUGAGAGGCUCCUCUCCCUGCAUCGGGAUGAAGCCGAACGGUUUCGUCACCGAGGCUUCUAGGGAGACCGGGAUGGUCAUCAUCAACAGCUUAGCUCUCGUUGAGACAUUGAUGGACUCUAACAAAUGGGCAGAGAUGUUUCCUUGUUUAAUUGCAAGAACCUCAACUACAGAAGUGAUCUCUAGUGGCAUGGGAGGAACAAGGAAUGGUGCACUUCAACUGAUGAAUGCUGCAAUUCAAGUUCUGUCGCCGUUGGUGCCGGUGAGGGAGGUGAACUUCCUCCGGUUCUGCAAGCAGCACGCCGAGGGCGUGUGGGCCGUCGUGGACGUGUCGGUCGACACCAUCCGUGAGGCUCACGUCGGGGCAGCGUUCCCAAGCAGCCGGAGGCUCCCCUCCGGUUGCUUGGUGCAAGAUAUGCCUAAUGGCUAUUCCAAGGUUACAUGGGUGGAACACAUCGAGUACGACGAGAGCGUCGUCCACCAGCUCUACCGACCCCUCGUCAGCUCCGGCAUGGGCUUUGGCGCCCAACGCUGGGUGGCCACCCUCCAACGCCAAUGCGAGUGCCUCGCCAUCCUCAUGUCCUCCACCGUCCCCGCCCGGGACCACUCGGCGGCGAUCACGGCGGGCGGGAGGCGGAGCAUGCUGAAGCUGGCGCAGCGAAUGACGAACAACUUCUGCGCGGGUGUGUGCGCGUCGUCGGUGCACAAGUGGAACAAGCUGAGGACCGAGAACGUGGACGAGGACGUGCAGGUGAUGACUCGUAAGAGCAUAGACGACCCCGGGGAGCCGCCCGGGAUCGUGCUGAGCGCCGCCACCUCCGUGUGGCUCCCCGUGUCUCCUCAGAGGCUCUUUGACUUCCUCCGCGACGAGCGCCUGAGGAGCGAGUGGGACAUACUCUCCAACGGUGGGCCCAUGCAGGAGAUGGCCCACAUUGCCAAGGGCCAAGACCAUGGCAAUUGCGUCUCUCUCCUACGCGCUAGUGCCGUGAACUCGAACCAGAGCAGCAUGCUGAUACUUCAGGAAACCUGCAUCGACUCGGCCGGUUCGCUCGUUGUGUACGCGCCGGUGGACAUCCCCGCGAUGCACGUGGUGAUGAACGGCGGGGAUUCGGCCUACGUGGCGCUGCUGCCGUCGGGGUUCGCGAUCGUUCCGGAUGGGAAUGGGUCGGGCGAGGAGGGGUCGCUGCUGACGGUGGCGUUUCAGAUUUUGGUGAACAGCCUCCCGACGGCGAAGCUGACGGUGGAGUCGGUAGAGACGGUGAAUAACCUAAUCUCCUGCACCGUUCAGAAGAUCAAAGCCGCACUGCAAUGCGAGAGCUGAUUUGUUUGUAUUUUGGUGAAAAUUUUAGUUUUAUCUAUUUUUUGUGUGAGCCAACAUUUUUAACUUUUGCUUUUAUGGGUUUUUUUUUUUGUUAAGAAAGAAUUCAAUUAGGUGGUUUGAAAAUGCGAGGGCUUGAUGUAAUUUGAAAAUGGUUUGUUAAUUUGUCUAGCUACUCGAAGUGUAAUGACUUGAAAUUGAGGGGGUGAGUCAAGAACGAACCGCGCUCGAGUGUGGUGGCGGUGUUGGUGGUGGGAGGCGGCAGCCCCACUGCGGUGUGGCGGCGGUAUCAGCAAGGGUGGCGGUUCGGGUAUUGACUCAGAUGUUUUGCCCCUUGACUUGAGUUUGUGUGGAAUGGAUUUUUUCUAUAUAGUAAAAACUGGUUUUCAUUUAUUUUUACCA